UCCUUUUUGUGCUGACAGACUUGCAAGCAGGCAGAAGAGCACUUUGCAUUUUGUUAUAAAUGGCAAAGGAUGGUAUUAAUAAUAACAAUGAUGCAGGGCUAUCAAGAAGUGGAUUGGUCCAUGCUUUUGAGAAAUGGAAACCAUAUAUUGCAAUGGUAUCAUUGCAGUUUGGAUAUGCAGGCAUGAAUAUAAUCACAAAGGUUUCUCUCAACAGAGGGAUGAGUCACUAUGUUCUUGUAGUUUACAGACAUGCCAUUGCUACUGUGGUCAUGGCUCCUUUUGCAUAUGUUCUAGAAAGAAAAAUCUAUCCCAAGCUCACUUUUUGGGUGUUCUGUCAGAUUUUUGCUCUGGGUUUGUUGGGGCCUGUCAUUGAUCAAAAUUUAUACUAUGCUGGUUUAAAACUCACUUCACCAACUUUGGCUUGUGCAAUUGACAAUGUGCUACCAGCUAUGACCUUUGUUUUGGCUGUUCUGAUUAGGAUGGAAAAAGUAAGUAUUGCAGAUAUACGUAGCCAAGUAAAGAUAGUGGGAACAGUUGUGUGUGUUGGGGGAGCAAUGGUGAUGACAUUAUACAAAGGUCCUCCCAUUUUUCAGCCUCAUCCUCAUACUCCCAACCAUAACCAAACAUCUGCAAAACCUACCACUACCAGCAGAGAAUGGAUUCAAGGUUCCCUGUUGUUAGUUGCUUCAUGUCUGGCCUGGGCUGCCUUUUUUGUUCUACAGGCAGCUGUUUUGAAGAAGUAUUCUGCUCAGCUUUUCCUUACCACAUUAAUCUGCUUCUUGGGAACAUUACAGUCACUUGUAGUUACCAUAGCUAUAGAACGCGAUCCAUCAGUGUGGGCACUAAGAUGGGACAUGAACCUUCUUACUGUAGUUUAUUCAGGAAUUGUAGCUUCUGGACUUGCAUAUUAUGUUCAAGGUGUGUGCAUGCGCUUGAAAGGACCUGUAUUUGUCACUGCAUUCAGUCCACUUACAAUGGUAAUAGUAGCAAUCAUGGGAUCCUUUAUUCUCUCAGAGAGCAUUUACUUGGGCAGCAUGGUGGGAGGAGUUGUGAUAGUAGGAGGUCUUUAUGCUGUGCUGUGGGGCAAAGUACAAGUGAAGGAAGAGGAUGCCCCAAACCGAAAGACAAAUGUUGUUAAUGUGGAGAUUGAUUCAUGUUGAAUAUGGUCUUCCACCGGCCGGCCAUUAUAUGAAACUUGCACAAUAUUCUUGCAUACCACCCAAGCUUUCACAUCAUGCUUUAUUGCAACUUUGCAUCUAGUCUGAAUUUCCAACUGCAAGGGAAAAGAAAUGUAUAAAAUCUUUUUGUGCAGGAAUAUGUCGAAUGUUGUGGGAAUUGAUUAUUAAUAUUAAAUUUUCUAUUAGGUUGCAA